AUGUCUCUAUUACCAUUAUGGUUCGACGAUAGUUUGAUGACUCCUAGCUACACCCGGCGUGAAGCGGCGAGAAGAAACUUGUGGGAUGAAGUUAUUCAACCUUUGGCAUUAGUUAAUAGCCUAUUAGAUAUCAAAAAUCUUAACGAAUCCUUACAACAGCACACUAGUCCUCAAGCGGUGCUUGAAAAAGAUAAAUUCCAUGCCAAUUUCGAUGUCCAACAUUUUAAACCAGAAGAAAUUUCUAUUAAAGUUACUGGAGACAAUGCUGUAACUAUCGAAGCGAAACAUGAAGAAAAACAGGAUGAGCAUGGACAAAUCUACAGACAUUUUUUAAGAAAGUAUGUUCUUCCCAAGAAUUGUGACACCAGUCGAUUGGAAUCUAAGUUAUCUUCAGACGGAGUCCUCAGUAUUACCGCCCCAAUUAUUGGUGAUAAGGUAGAUAGAAAUAUUCCCAUUUCACAAACUGGGAAACCUGCUAGGUCAGUACAGAACAAACCAGAAAAUGCAUCGUAG